AUGGCAUUCAAGUUUGUAUUGGCACUCGCUUUCGUCGCUCUUGCCAGCGCUGGCUAUAUACCCACUGCUCCAGUUUACCAUGCCGCACCAGCCGUCGCCGUGCACGCAGCACCUGUGGCCGUAGCCCAAAAAGUCGUUGUGAAAUCGGAGGAAUACGAUCCUCAUCCUCAAUACAAAUUCUCUUAUGGCGUUGAUGACAAACUCACCGGUGAUGCCAAGAGCCAAGUGGAGGAACGUGAUGGUGAUGUGGUUCAUGGUGAAUACUCACUCAUUGAUGCUGAUGGUUACAAACGCACUGUUCAGUACUCUGCUGAUCCAAUCAAUGGUUUCAACGCCAUCGUGAACCGUGAACCUCUCGUAAAAGCUGUUGCCGUCGCUCCAGUUGUAAAGACAGUUGCGCCAGUUGCCCAUUACGCUGCUCCAGUUGCUCACUAUGCCGCGCCAGUUACUCACUACUCAGCCCCAGCUGUUGUCAAGACUGUUGCCCCCGUUGCUCAUUAUGCUGCCCCAGUGGCUCACUAUGCUGCUCCAGCUGCCGAUUACACAUCAUAUGCCGCCCCUGCUGUAGUCAAAUACCAUCAUUAA